AUUUAAUUCACUAUUUUUUUAAGGAUAAAUAUGGCAUGAUUUGUGAUGCAGAGGUACUUUGUACUUUUUAGUCACUGUUCAUCAUUUGUUAGAGAGACGAAGAGAUGGCGUUGACAAUUAGAUCCAGAAUGAGUUCACUUCUCCGAUCAAAGGCACCAUUACCUUUAGUGGGUUCAUACGUAAAUGGGGAUUCAUGGUGGUGCUUACCAGUUUGUGGUUCAGCGUCAACAAGGGGUUGCCCAAAAUUCAUGAAUUGGGUAAAAAUGGAUGGUUGCCGUGCUGCAGCAUCGUUGCCUUCAUUCAAGGAGAAACAACAAGAGGUUCCAAGUAAUUGUGUCAGACCCAGUCGUGAAAAUAAAGGUCUUGAUGUGAGGUACAUGGCCGAAGCUGAUGACAACCAAUAUUUAUUUGGUUUGAUGAAACAGAGAUUUCUGAGUUUCAAGGACCAAAAGUAUAUAAAAGAGUUGGGGCAUUUUCAAGCACUUGCUGAAGCUCAAUCUCCAAAGUUUAUGGUAAUUGCUUGUGCAGACUCUAGGGUAUGCCCCUCUAACAUAUUGGGAUUCCAACCAGGAGAAGCAUUUAUGAUACGUAACAUUGCCAAUCUUGUACCUGUGAUGAAGAAUGGACCAUCAGAGUGUAAUGCUGCUCUUGAGUUUGCAGUAACUACACUUCAGGUUGAGAAUAUAUUAGUCAUUGGUCAUAGUAGCUGUGCUGGAGUUGAAACACUGAUGAGAAUGCAAGAAAAUGCAGAAUCAAGAAACUUUAUAAACAAGUGGGUUAUCAAUGGGAGAAUUGCCAAAUUGAGGACAAAAGCUGCCACAGCUCAUCUAAGCUUUGAUCAGCAAUGCAGAUUCUGUGAGAAGGAAUCUAUUAACCAAUCAUUAGUGAACUUGCUAAGUUAUCCUUGGAUAGAAGAUAGAGUGAGAAGAGAGUUGCUUUCUCUUCAUGGAGGGUAUUAUAAUUUCUCCAAUUGCUCGUUUGAGAAAUGGACUCUUGAUUUUAAAGAAUGCAAUGUCAAAGAAGAAGGAAGCAGUUAUGCUGUCAAAGAGCAAGAAUUCUGGUGCUGACUCUGUUGCUAUCCCAACAGGCUUGAAACUUGUCAUUCAUGAAGCUGAAGUCAAUUGGAGGCAUAUAACUCAAUAAAGCUUAUGUUAAAUGCCAGAAUUAAAGGAAUGAUUUAUGCUAAAUACCGUGUCAACUUUGUUCUGAUUGUAAUAUUUCUGGAAGCUAAUGUAAUGAAGCAAAAGCUGUUCACAUUUAUAUGUACCAGGUUGAACUAAGAAAGUGUACAAAUAAAAAACUCAAGAUUUAG